GGGGCGGGGCGUGCGUGUGUCUCGCGCCGGGGGCGCGGGAGGGAGCGGCGGAGCUCGCGCGCGAGAGGCGGCGGAGGGGAGAGAGAGCGAGAGAACGAAGGAGCGGCGGGCGCGGAGCCGGGCUGACCUCGCCGGGGCCUCGCCGCCGCCCGCUCCCGCCGUCGCGCAGCCCCUCCCCGCGGGCUGACAGGCAGGUAUGGUCCUGAACAUUGUGAGCACAUGACUUCAGAGAUGGACAACUGGAUCUGUUAUAAGUUGUGAUUGGCCUUAAGCUGACUUACAACUGUUGAAGAACUUAACAGGAUUUAUCUCAUUCCUGAUUUAUGCCUAUCUAAUUGCCUCACACCACCAGCUUAAUCAUGUAUGGAAGUGCUCGGUCAGUUGGUAAGGUUGAGCCAAGCAACCAGAGUCCAGGGCGUUCACCAAGGCUGCCACGGUCACCACGCUUGGGCCAUCGUCGAACCAACAGCACAGGAGGCAGUUCUGGGAGUAGUACUGGGGGUGGCAGUGGAAAAACCCUUUCUAUGGAAAAUAUUCAGUCCUUAAAUGCUGCCUAUGCUACAUCCGGCCCUAUGUAUCUAAGUGACCAUGAGAACGUUGGUGCAGACACCCCAAAAAGCACCAUGACUUUGGGCCGAUCUGGGGGGCGGCUGCCUUACGGUGUUAGGAUGACUGCAAUGGGUAGCAGCCCUAACAUUGCCAGUAGUGGAGUUGCCAGUGAUACCAUUGCAUUUGGAGAGCACCAUCUCCCUCCAGUGAGUAUGGCAUCCACUGUGCCUCACUCACUGCGCCAGGCCAGGGAUAACACAAUAAUGGAUCUGCAGACACAACUCAAAGAAGUAUUAAGGGAAAACGAUCUGCUUCGCAAGGAUGUGGAAGUGAAAGAAAGCAAGUUGAGUUCUUCCAUGAACAGUAUCAAGACCUUCUGGAGUCCCGAGCUAAAAAAGGAGAGAGCUCUGAGGAAAGAUGAAGCUUCAAAAAUCACCAUUUGGAAGGAACAAUAUAGAGUUCUGCAAGAAGAAAACCAGCAUAUGCAGAUGACUAUCCAGGCUCUCCAAGAUGAGCUUCGGAUCCAGCGGGACCUGAACCAGUUGUUCCAGCAGGACAGCAGCACUAGAACCAGUGAGCCCUUUGUGGCAGAGCUGACAGAGGAAAACUUCCAACGACUUCAUGCAGAGCAUGAACGCCAGGCCAAGGAACUCUUCCUGCUACGUAAAACCUUAGAAGAGAUGGAACUGCGUAUUGAGACACAGAAACAGACCUUAAAUGCACGUGAUGAGUCCAUUAAAAAGCUGCUGGAGAUGCUGCAGAGUAAAGGUCUGUCAGCAAAAGCCACUGAGGAAGAUCAUGAGCGAACAAGACGGUUGGCGGAGGCAGAGAUGCACGUGCACCACUUGGAGAGCCUUCUCGAACAGAAGGAAAAAGAAAACAACAUGCUGAGAGAGGAGAUCCAUCGUCGAUUUGAAAAUGCUCCUGACACAGCCAAGACAAAGGCUCUGCAAACUGUUAUUGAGAUGAAGGAUUCAAAAAUUUCUUCCAUGGAGCGUGGCCUCCGGGAUUUGGAAGAGGAGAUUCAGAUGUUGAAGUCAAACGGAGCUCUGAGCACAGAGGAACGUGAAGAGGAAAUGAAGCAAAUGGAGGUGUACCGUAGUCAUUCCAAAUUCAUGAAAAAUAAGGUAGAGCAACUGAAGGAAGAGCUAAGUGCCAAAGAGGCUCAAGGGGAGGACCUGAAAAAAAGAGUGGCUGGUCUCCAGGCCGAGAUUGGUCAGGUGAAACAGGAGCUGUCACGCAAAGACACAGAGUUGCUGGCCUUGCAGACAAAGCUGGAGACCCUCACAAAUCAGUUCUCUGACAGCAAGCAGCAUAUUGAAGUUCUGAAAGAGUCUCUUACCGCUAAAGAGCAAAGAGCUGCCAUCCUUCAGACAGAGGUGGAUGCGUUACGAUUACGUCUGGAAGAGAAGGAGACUAUGCUAAAUAAGAAGACAAAGCAGAUUCAGGAGAUGGCAGAGGAGAAGGGGACUCAAGCAGGAGAGAUCCAUGACCUCAAGGACAUGUUAGAGGUGAAGGAACGCAAAGUUAAUGUUCUUCAGAAGAAGAUUGAAAAUCUUCAAGAACAGUUAAGGGACAAGGAGAAGCAAAUGAGCAGCUUAAAGGAUCGUGUGAAAUCCUUGCAGGCCGACACCACAAACACUGACACUGCCUUGACCACGCUGGAAGAAGCACUGGCAGAAAAAGAAAGGACCAUUGAGCGCCUAAAAGAGACACGUGAUAGAGAUGAACGAGAAAAACAGGAAGAGAUCGACAACUACAAAAAAGAUAUUAAAGACCUGAAAGAGAAAGUCAGCAUUUUGCAAGGAGAUCUCACAGAGAAAGAGUCAUCCUUACUGGAUCUGAAGGAACAUGCUUCAUCCUUAGCUUCAUCAGGACUGAAGAAAGAUUCCAGACUCAAGACGCUGGAAAUUGCAUUGGAACAGAAAAAGGAAGAAUGUUUGAAGAUGGAAACUCAAUUGAAGAAGGCUCAUGAAGCAACACUGGAGGCUAGGGCCAGCCCGGAGCUGAGUGAUCGUAUGCAGCAGCUGGAAAGGGAGGUAACACGGUAUCGGGAAGAAUCUAGCAAGGCUCAAGCUGAAGUGGAUCGUCUUCUUGAAAUCUUGAAAGAGAUGGAAAAUGAGAAGAAUGAUAAGGAUAAGAAGAUAGCAGAACUGGAGAGCCUCACCUCAAGGCAAGUUAAAGAUCAAAAUAAGAAAGUAGCAAAUCUGAAGCACAAAGAGCAAGUGGAGAAAAAGAAGAGUGCACAGAUGCUGGAGGAGGCCAGGAGACGAGAGGAUAACCUUAAUGACAGCUCCCAACAGCUUCAGGACAAUCUACGUAAAAAGGAUGAUCGGAUUGAAGAAUUGGAAGAGGCACUCAGAGAAAGUGUUCAGAUAACUGCAGAGCGGGAAAUGGUGCUAGCACAAGAGGAGUCAGCCAGGAUCAAUGCUGAGAAACAGGUAGAAGAACUAAUGAUGGCCAUGGAGAAGGUUAAGCAGGAGCUGGAGUCAAUGAAAGCAAAAUUGUCCUCUACGCAGCAGUCUUUGGCUGAGAAGGAAACCCAUUUGACCAACCUACGAGCUGAAAGAAGGAAACAUUUGGAGGAAGUCCUGGAGAUGAAACAAGAAGCCCUCCUUGCUGCCAUUAGUGAAAAAGAUGCCAAUAUUGCUCUGCUAGAACUUUCAUCCUCUAAGAAGAAGACCCAAGAUGAAGUGGCUGCACUGAAACGAGAGAAAGACCGUCUUGUGCAACAGCUCAAGCAGCAGACUCAGAACCGUAUGAAGCUGAUGGCUGACAACUAUGAGGAUGACCACCUGAAAUCCUCAUCCCAUUCCAACCAAACCAACCACAAGCCCUCCCCUGACCAGAUAAUUCAGCCCCUCUUAGAACUUGAUCAGAAUCGCAGCAAGUUGAAGUUGUAUAUCGGACAUCUGACAGCCCUCUGCCACGACCGUGACCCCCUGAUUCUACGUGGACUCACCCCACCUGCUUCCUACCACCUGGAUGAUGACCGGGCAGCUUGGGAGAAAGAGCUGCAGAAGAUGACCCCGGAGCAGCUUCAUGAUGAGUUAGAAAAGGGCGAGAAGGAAAGCGCAGAGCUGCAGGAGUUUGCCAAUGCCAUCUUACAGCAGAUAGCGGAUCACUGCCCUGACAUCCUGGAGCAAGUCGUCAAUGCACUUGAGGAGUCAUCAUGACCUCGGCCACUAGCCCCACCGGAGCAGCACACCAGUGGCCAAGCCCAGUCAGUCCAAGGAGCCAUGAGAGUGGAUAGGAAUGUGAAAAACAGAAAAUGGAAUAGAAACUUCUGGUGCACCUUUUACAAAGAAAAAAGCAAAAAAAAACCUCUAAAAACUACGUGCUCUCUAGGUUCUUCCAGUCUAUGAUUAAUCAGUCAUGUUUGCAUUCAUCUUCUCACUGCCUUUCUACUUUAGAAUCCGAUUCCCCGUUGACUUUGUGGAUGGUGACUUCUGGAUACGGCUAACAAAAGCUCUUCCAUGUGUCCUGCACAAAGAAGAGGGGAUCCACAGAAUACAAGCAGCUCUAGUGCUCCAUGAGGUUGCAGAAGGAUAGCCCUUGCCUUUCAUUCAUUUAUUGCUUCUUUUUAAUUUCUUUUACUUUCUUUUUUUUUUUUUUUUUUUUCAUAAAAGCUGAAAGCCUGAAUUUCAUAGUGCUAAAUCCAAACCUGAGUGUGCUCUGAUUAUGGCUCACAACUGGCCAGCAUCAGCUAGCUAGCUCGGGUCGUGCUGCCUGUCUUAAUGUUUCUUAUGUUCUUAAAUAACAGAGGGAGGAAAGGAAAGUUUCCCUAUUUGUUCCUGUUAGUCACUUCAUCUAGCAGCUGGGAAACAGGGUAUGCAUACUGGUACUUUCUGUUUGCUUAACUUUGACUUUUAUUGUUCACUGAUCUGACUCCGAAGUGCUGAGUGGGGCAUUUUUUCAGGUAACUGUUUUCAUCUGUUGAUUUCUUGGGUUUUUUAUCUGCGGUUUCUCAUCAUAGGUCUCUGUCCCUUAAGUUCUUAUUUUAUCGAGAGCUCUCUCCCCUCAGGUAGGUGUGGUCAACAGGUCAGCUCCCAGCUUUAGCUUGUAUAGUUUGUCCAUUGCCAAUUUUUCAGGCCGCAGCUUUGUGAACACUAGCUGCCAUCAGAAUAAUCUUAGGCGUUUUGUAAAUGAGCAAAUUGCAUCAUUUAGCUUGAAAGUAUAAAUUUAAAGCUAAGCUAGGUAAAUUGGUAACAUAGUUCCUACUAUAAUUAUAAUUUAAUUUAUUUCGGUUUAGCGUAGGUUGACGAGGAAUGAGUUUGAGUUCAGACCAAUAACCCAUUCUUAUGAAGAGGAGCAUCUCUGCUGGAGGUGGCACCCAGCUGAGUAGAUAGGUAUAAAAUCACAGCUUUAGUUAAACCAGUGCAAUUCUUAUAUGUAUAUGGGAGCCCUUAGUCUUGUUCCCAUCCAUCUUUGACACUCGUUAAAGCCCUUGCUGAUAGGCAAUAUGACCUGAAAUAGCAGAUCUGUUUAUCAUUGUGGUAGCAAGUCAGAGUCCUAUUUUGUGAGUAGGACUUGGGUGUUCAUUCUUGGGCUAUGCAUUAAUGGGGAGACACGUUUUUUCCUGACUGCCAGUGGUUAUGUGUGUCUGGGGGCAUCUGCGGGACAGAACCCUUUAACACGUCCCCAUGUGCUCCUUAAAGGAGUUGUUCCCCUUUAGCUUUCCAUAUUACUUAAGAGAAUGAGGGGAGGGGGAAAGGCGACCAAAUAUCAACACAGCAGUGGAAGAAAUAGUCACUAGCUAAUUAUGAAUCCUCUCAGCAAACCUCUCAUUCAGAGCCUGCGGUUUAAUUCCAUAUGACUGACUGACUACAUUUUGAGCUUAAUCACUAAACCGUUACACUAAGGAAAAUGUUUCCAGCCCUUUCAGGAAAACUGCAUUUCUUAUGUCUUUCAAAUCCAGAGCACAGCUCCUCUGUAGGUCUUUCACACCUUAUUUUUAUCUUAAGAGGUGAUCAAUUGCUUCCAACAGAAAGGAGAUCGGCAAAAGUUUGAGUAAGGGAAGAUGUACGCUGUCUUUUUUUCAAAAAAGUAUUGAAAAUUGGGCAAAACUGACACCUUAUAUACCUACACACCUACACCUAAAUCACAUCCCAAUUCAUUCUUCUGUAAUGAUUCAGCAGAAGGAACUGGAUCCAUAGCCAUGGUGUCCACUAGGAAGAAAUCUGUAAGUCUCCAAAGAAGAGGUGAUUCACACCUUUUCGAUGUCUUGAACUGCCAGUGCUUUGCAAAUCAGGAAACGUAGCUUUAGUUCUCGCUGCAGGAGUAGCCUGUGUCUGAAGCUUUUUUUGUGGUGGAUGAAGAGAGUAAUGGGAACCUGAAUGUGUGCAAGGGGGGGACACCGGAAGGCAUGUAGACAGUGACUGUACAUACCAUUGAGCCGUGCCUCAUCCCAGAACCGCCCCUUUGGUCCCAUUAUUUGAGUCAGCACGUUUCGAUAGGAGCUGUUGUUUUGAAAUCUUUCCUCUUGCUUUUUCUUCAUCACCCCUAAUUACUCACUCAAGGAAUUUAAUGCCGCCUGUAAAAGCAUCAGAGCCAUCAGCCUAACAUCAUCGCGCCACCGCCACCACUCCUGACUAUCUCAUUAACUUAUAUGGUCAAAUCUCCAGCUGCCCUGGUUCCCUGCUGUAAAACAAUCCCUCCUCUGUGAGAAGCUGUGGAAUUUCCCUUAUCGAUGGUUCAAAUGACUCCUGCUUGUAAACCUCUUACUGAGAUGUUCCUUGAUAGCGUUUCUGCUGCAGGCAGGGGCAGGGGGAGGGGAUGGGAACAAGGGGCGGUCGCUUUGGGCUGUCAUUUCAAUUCCCUGGGUUUACUGCAUUGCCCGCGCAUUGCAGAAAAGCCCAGAGUUUCAGUGCGGGUUCUUCUGCAUCUUUAACUCAGCUGCCAGCCUGUGGCCACGUUUCUAGAAAGUGGCUGAGCCAAAGGCACUUUGCUGUCAUGACAGCGUGCGCCGGAUCCGUGCGUCGGCAGCCAGGUGAAGCUCACUGUUUACACAUCUCCGGGCCUCUUCCCUGAGAGGAUUUGUCAAGCCUGGCUAGUUUUCACGCUGGCCAUUUGGUCUUUUAUCUGCCAGCCACACACCUGCUGUUCCUCCCAUCUGGAUUGUUGGGUCUUUGCAAUUUUUCUCGUUAACUGCCAUUAUCUUCUAGGUCUUCUGGGCUUCCCAUCUUAAACAUUGAUCUUAGACCUCAGUAAAGUGCUUUCAGGGAGAGAGCAGAUCUCAUUUAGGAACAGACUUGAUCCGACUUGAUCUCCAUUGAACUAUUUCAGAUAAUCUCUCUGAUCCUGUGUCCACAGAGACCUUGUCAUGGUGAAUAGCUUGAGGAACUGUGUGAUUUGGAAGGUGCUGCUGGCCACAAUUUAAUGCCGAACCUGACCAGUGGAAACUUUUUCUUUUCACUGGCAUGGAGUGCCAUGCCUUAGGGCAACGGAGGGAUUUUGUUGUCGUAGUCCAUCACGAAAUUGCAUAUCAGGCACAUGGCAGAAGGGCCGUACAUGUGGACGUACUGCGAUGCUCAUCCAGUUGCCUAACCCACCACUGCUCUUUUAAAAUCUUCUACCCAAGUGUCAGCAGACAGGCAGAUGCAGACAGUUUCCUCACACAGCGGUCCUGCAACACAGCAGCUCUAGGAAAUCAGGGGCCCUUCCCAGGGAGCCAGGGGAAACUUGCUUUUUCUUCUCCUGUUGAAUGAAGUUCCAUUUGCUACAGGAGCUGUGAAAGUUUUAGUUACUUUAAUUUUAUUUUUUUUCUUUCAAGCUGUCAUUUGUAGAGAAACUGAGAGAUGUAAGGACUGAAGGAGCUGUCUGUAGAAAAUUAAAUAGGUCAUUUUAGCUGGGUUUGGGCUAAAAAAUAACUCGAGCCUGAAGCCCACAUACAGUGUAAAAGCUGACACCCCAACUACGCUUGUUCAUGAUAUCCACGAGUCCAAGUACAUAUUUUCCUCUGAAUCCAGCCUCAUGUAAAACACUAAAAGGACAUUACAACACUAGAAUUGCAGGGUGAGGAUGCGAACACUGUUUGCGAUUGGAAGAAGAAUUGCCUGGCGUGCUCCCAAACGAAGCUCUAAGCUUCUAGUAUUCUCUCUCAUUUUGACUGCCUUUAACCAGCUUUCCCUCUAGAAAAUGCCAAACCCUCCUCGGAGUAUCCGAUUUUUGCCAAGUAUGGGGGACAGAAGGUGAAAGUCUGAUGUGAUGCACAAAACUGUGUGUGCCGUUUCUGGUUGCACGGCUGGAAUAUCCCUUCUCUAGCAAAUUUUCUGGUACUUUGGGGCUCUCGGUAUUUUGCACAAGGGAGCGUUAAUGUCAUAAAUCUUGUAGACAUAACCCUGUUUUUUUGAACCAAAGGGGCACCUCUUUUCAUUCGCCCUGUAAUUCCUACCCGUUCUGCUGCUAGUGCUCAAUUUGUUGGGAAAUUUCUACGUCUGAUAAAGGUUGACAGGUUUGAGUCCCCACUCCUGUACUAAUUGCCAAUCGUUGCCACCAAAGGGGUCUUUACAAAAGAAGUCGAGUGUCACGCACUGAUACCAUUUUAAAGCAAAGUUUUCACUACAUAAGUAACCCAUAUAUUUCUCAAAUGACUCCGAUGAAAUGCAAAAGGGAAAUAGUACAAUCAAGGCAUCUGAUAUUUAAAGGAAGCCUCUACUCAGCUCAACGCCCGCACUGAAAGAGGGAACCGGAGAGGCUGCAGAAGGCUGUGGAUAACUAACACUGCCCCAGCGA